CAGUUGGGCGACAGACUCUGGACUCGACAGAAAAACGAGAGCUUGGAAAUUUUGUGGUCCGUGAUUAUUACCUGGAGAUCUUUGGUGAAAACUAAUGCAAACACUCAGCAUCUGCACCUGCACCAAAAUCAAAUAAAAAAAAAGGAUGCUCCCAAAUAGAUACGUGUGUGUGUGACCCAAAACGGGCAAAGUUGUAACGCAGAAAGCGCAAUUUACAAACAAAAUGCCAAGUGAUUCGAUUGUGUGAGAAGUCAGUGGAAAAUCCAUUAAGCAGCGAAACGACAGACGUCAGUCUUCAAUCAAAUGUAGCGCCAAAAGUCCAGGUUCAGACGUCUUGCCACUUGCAACUGCAACAGGAGCAAAAGCCACAAAAGGACACAAAGGAUACGGAAGACAGCAGCAACAACUGCAACAGCGGGGAGCGACGCAAACUAUAGCCAAGCGUGAAUGCGGUAGACGCGCGUCGAAGCUGUAGAGGAACGCCUUCACAUUGGAUUACGCGCAGUUUUACUUUAGAGCGGUGCCAAUUAGUGGCCAACAGCAGCAACAACAACAGCAGCAACAGCACCAGCAGCUCGUGCAGCAGCAAUUGCUAGCCCAGCAGCAGCAGCAACUGCAGAUACAGCAGCUGCAGCAACAAUUGCUGCUGCAGCGACUCGAGCGUGAGUUGCAGCAGAGUUACUCCUGCCUGCGGCAACGUUGGCUCACCGACUACGCAGCCCCCCAUCAGCAGCAUCAGCAGAUUGCCCAGCAGCAGCAGCUCUUUGCCGCCCAGCAGUUGCAGUUGCAGCACCAGCAACUGCAGCACCAGCAGCAGCAGCAACAACAACAACAACAACAGCAGCAGCAGCAGCAGUACAGCUACUACUUCAGUCGCGGUAGCACCAACACCGAUCUGGGUCUCGGACUGGGCCUGGGCUUCGGUCUGGGCAGCGGCAAUCUAGCCAGCUGGUACCAUCUGCCGUCCACAUCGGCACACAUCUAUAUUGGAACCACCAGCAGCGGCGGUGUACCGGGCAGCGCACCGUAUCCUCCGUAUCCGUACCGGAGCGUGGGUGGAUAUUCCGGAGGAGGUUAUCCGGCAGCGGCGCUUAUUAACUUCGAUGCCUCGCCGACACCGCUGUUAGCAUCAGCGGGAACUUCACCCGGCUAUUUGCCACCAUUGGCCAUUCCGGCAGCCUUACCACCACCGCCACCGGCGCCGAGUGUAGCCACCGAUUAUUACUUCAGCAGCCGGAGCACACGGACCGUUCCGCCACCGGUACCGCCCACUCCGGCAGCCGUUGCAGCAGCGGCAUCAGCAUCAGCGGUCUCCACCUCGCCGUUCCGUGAGUACGGGAGCGCGGCGGAGGAGCUGCAAGCUGGCUAUCGCUACAAGGCCACACCCCGCAGGCGGUACGACGCCUACGACAACUACGGCUAUCUGCCUGGCUUUGCCAGCACCACUGAAGACGAGGAGGACCUGCUCGAGGAGUGCCUGCCGCAGGAACUGCUCUCCACGGACUGCUCGAGUCUCGAGGAACUGCGCUUCUUCCAUCUGCAGGAGGAGGACGAGGACGAAGACGACGAGGAGGUUGCCACGCAGCUGGCCCACAUCCUUGACCUGCCGGAUUUUCUACAUCCCUACGGCGGCAGCGGCCGGGACAGCCUGCACAGCCACAAGACGCCGCCGCAACACGAGUACCAAACGGAGCACGGCUCAGCCGCAGCGGGAGGAGCAGGAUCGGCGGGAUCAGACGGUCGGGGUGGUGGUGGUGGUCAGUCGCAGCGUGUCCUUGAGGACCAGCGAUAUCAGCCCUACCAAUACCAACAACAGCAGCAGCAGCAGCAUCAUCAGCAGCAGCAGCAGCAACAACAUCACCAGCAACAUCAGUCGCACUUCCCACAGCAACAUCAGCACUUCCAGCCGUCGCAGCAGCAACUGCAGCAGCAGUCCUACCACUCGUACCAAUAUCCUUCGCAGGACAGCUGCGAGGGCUUCAACCAAUUCGCCACCAACGCGGGCAGCUGCCUGGGCAAUCAGAGAAUGAUGGUUAGCAAAUUGUGGAACAGCUGCUUCCCGGAGUUCACCCCGGACCAUGUGCAUCGACACAACUUUUACCUAUGCCAGUGGCAACGGAACACGCAGGUGCGCAUCGUUUACCUGUUCUACCGAUGGAUAACGGCCAUCACCUGCCUGGCGGCACUGGUCUGCUCCUUGCUGGACAUUGGGCGCACGGACGAGCACUUUGAGCACCACUAUGCCAAGUGGUGGAUCUACCUGACCCACUGGGGACUGCUCUUCUGCACAGUCCAGGCCUGGCUGGCCGCCUGGAUAGUGACCCAGGGCAUGAUGGUGGAGCGCGAGGACUUCGAGAUUGUGCGGCAGGCGAAGAAGAGCCGCCUGCACCACUUGUACUGGGUGCUCUACACCUGUGCCACUGUCUAUGCGUUCAUCGUCACCAUGUGCUAUUGGCUACUGGUCCACAAUCCCGAAAUCCAUAAGAUCGAUGCGCUAAACAUAAUGGUCCAUGUGCUCAACACGAUUAUAAUGCUCAUCGAUUUGGCCAUUGUGGGGCAUCCGAUAAAGAUGAGCCACGCCUACUUUACCACUGGCAUUGGCCUGGCCUACGCCAUAUUCACGGGAAUCUAUUUCUUGGCCGGCGGAACAGACAGGAAAAAUCAAACUGCUAUCUAUCCCAUGAUGGACUGGACCAAGCCGGGCAAGGCGAUCAUAGUGACGGCCUGUGCGAUCAUCUUUACGUUCUUCGUUCACUUCUGUUGUUACCUCCUUUACCGCGGACGAGUCUGGCUCUUCACCAAACUGUGCAUCCGCGGACGGCGCAAUCGGGAUGGUGAAAUGGGUGAGGGCCUGAACGAUGAUUCCGGUUCCCGGAUGGGCGGUGGCGGUGCUGGAGGAUCAGCCGGUGGCGGAGGAGCAGCUGGCGGCUCGGUGGCUGGCGCUGGCGCUGUGGGCAGCAGCCAGGACUACGCCCAUCAGCAGCAGUAUCCCAUUGCCCACACGGAGCAGCCGCGGGCGGGCAGCCACCAACAGCAGCAGCAGCAGCCGCCGGGCAAUUACCAGCUGCCGCCACAGUAUUCCGGAUAUCUCCAACAGCCAGUGGUCGCCGGCGUCAAUGUGGGUGUGAUCAGUGCAGAGGGCGUUUACCAGCCCAUUGGCACGGAUACUGGACGCACCAGUGGCGGCGGCGGCGAUGGCAAGCACAAGUCCUCCUCGGGAUCAGCAACUGGAACAGGAUCGGGUCAGGGUCAGGGUCAGGGACAGGGAUCGGGAUCGGGAUCGGGUUCGGGCUCGGCACUGACGCGCACCGUAGCCCAUUUGGAUGCGUCGCAACGGGAGCAGUUCCUCAAUCCCAACAAAAUCGUCGAGUACAAGAUGUAAAGGCGUUGCACCCGGCACCGGUAUACGUUCCACUUGUCCAUGAAGUUUCUGGAGAAGCACUGUGCCCAGUGCGAGGCGACGCGCAGUGCCAUCUGCGAGGAGGAGCGCCAUUUGGCAUGAGCACAGUGGUUAGUUUUUAGAUUUGCUUUCGAGACGUCUAGUUUUCGAAUAUACCUGCCAGGCCAAAUCGAUUGAUCGGGCUCAAAUCAGUAUUGCACAUGGUAUUGCUAAUUUUUUUUUUGGCAAAGUAGUUUGUAACCGUAGUUUCGUAAUUUUGUAAAAGCUUUGCCAAUCCUUUUUAAAUGUGUAGACGCUUCUCAGUGUGCCGCAUAGCAUGCAUGCAAAUAUAGCACGCAAAAGUUUUAGAAUAUUAGAAUUGUUCCAUUAAUGCGAAGGAUUACCGUUGAGUGUAUUCGGAAUUUUUUUUGGAUGGUAAUCUUUGCUGCAAGUCGUUCCAACAGUUUAAAAAGUUUUAAUGGACUAAGUUGAACAUGAUAUUUACAUUUAACGAAACCCACUCACAGUAUUUAAUUUGCAACUCAGUUAUCUAUGUAUUUUAUGACAUAAUCAAGCAAUUGUGUUCAAAUAACAAAUUAACACACUGUCAGCAAUUAUUUUCAAAUCCACACAGCAAGAGAAAACCGAGAAAACAUAAUGACAUACUGCCUACAAUGAUUUAAGUUAGGAACUUUUUUAAUUAGCUAAGUUAACCAUUUAUCCACACAAAUUUUAUAUAUCGGUGCAGGUGUUAAGCCAGUUCGUGCAUCAUCUAUCAUCCGAGGCAGAAGGGAUAAACAAUUAAUAGUUGAUUUAAUUGGCAUGGAAGGGCUCUUUUCAAGGUCUUGGGAUUAUUGAGCACAAAGAUGGCAAAUAGAAUUGGCAGUUUUUUUAAUAGCAGAUAAACGGCGCCGAACAAGGAGUAUGUGAAUGUAGAGCAAAGAACAUUAAUUUUAGGAUACGCUUGGCAUUGGUUUGCUUAGUAAUUAGUGAAUUGAUAACAUAAAAUACGUUUCUUUAUAUGAAUAUUUUCCCAGCAAGCUCAGUCGCUGCUAGAACACUCUAAUAAACCUUAUUCUAGAAAGCACGACGUAAAGUAUUACGAUUAACAAUAUCAGAAAUAAAUAUUUUAGCAUACGAUGUUGAAAAGUAUAUUGCAAAACGUUUUACUUUUGACUCGAAUCCAAAUACGUACCCUACACAAAACCCUGAUAUCUUGCUUUCGUUGGUUUCUGCGUGUAUGAAAAUACUGAAAACAGUGACUAGAUUUAUUACCAGACGGAAACCUAUAUAUGUAAAUAGUUGAUUUCGUUUAUGUUGAUCGACUUCUAUCUAUAUUCAAAUGCAUAGCAAAAAUUUAGGAAUCUGUUGAAGAAAAUGUCGAUUCCCGUGAAAAGAAAGGUAUAGCAACCUUGAGUAAAAAUUCAGAAACAGCAAUGAAAAAAUACAACUGAAAAUCAAAUGCAUUGAAUAAAACUCGUCAAGAGGAAUGUGUUAACAAGCUAAAGCAAAACAAAUAUAACAAAAUAUUUAAAUAAAUAUACAGAAGCGAAUGCAGAGCAAAUAGCAUGCCCAAACUAUAACUACAUUAUUGAAUAAAGAUGUAAGACAUAAUAGCGAGGUAAAGUAAACAAACAACCAUUAAUUUUUGAUAGAUUUACAUAAAUUAAACACUUUCUCCUAAAUAAAACAGAUCAUCCACAGGUAUUCAGGUAUUUUUAUUUCCACAUUGUUUGAACCCAAUUUCUUUUUAGAGAAGUUUUACCAGUUUUGGUUGAGGAACUGCAAAAUGUCAGUUUCGCACGCUUCUCCCAAAUUGUUUUCCAAAAAUUUAGCAUAAAUGUAUAAAUGAAUGUUUAUAUAGACUGAAUAUUAUUAAAAAGCAAACAAAAAAAAUUAACAAAGUAUAUAACCGAACUAACACGUAAAUGGAAGCGGUUAAAUCUUUUCGGAAUUGUAAAAAUAUAAAACGAAAAACGCAAGAUUUCAUAUUAGCCACAACAUACAACAGUAAACACAUAUCAACAAUUAGAGAUGAUCAUUCUAAAUAUAAAGAUAUUAAAGGAGAUGAAAAGAAAUGUUUCAAAUAAAGCAAAUCAAAGUUGACCUCAUCAGGAACCACACAUAAAAACCACAGUAAGAAAGUAAAACUUGCAUAAAAAAAAUGUAAAAAUGUUAAACAAUCACUAUAACGUAUGUAUAUGCAGAAUAUAUUUAGCAGAGGAAAAAAUUCAAAUAUUAUAUUUUGUAGAUUUUUAGUAAAUUAGAAGUGAACGAUUAUGAGAACCGAUUUCAACACACACGUGCAUACAAAAAUAUUUAUCCCAAAUAUAUACAUCCACCCCAUACCCUUCGAAAAGUAGCUCAGCUCUCUGUACCCAAGUUGAGAAUUAGAAUUGAAAUUGUUGAUUGAACAAAUAAGGAAAUGGAAAAGCUUUAAGAAACCAAAAUGAUUGGACGACACUUUUAUACACCGAACAUAAAAGUUGAACUAAACGGCUCAAUUGAGUUCUUGGCAAUGAGUUGGCUCACCAGGUAGUUACACGAAAGGCUCAACAGAAUUCAGUAUUAGCGGAUGGCAAAUUGCUGCGAGUAUACAAAGAAAAUCAAAAUGUUAUUAACAAAGCACACCAAGAAUAAAUCUUAACAAAAAACAAACUACAUGUGUUGAUGAAGAAAUAAAAUUUCAAUGUUGUGAAAUUUGAGGAAAUAAAUAAUAAUACAAACAAAUUGUUUACUUCAAAAGUAUUUCUGCGCAUUUAAGCAAAAUCGUAAAACAAUGCUUCAUCAUUUCAACCUAUAAUGAGUCGAAGUUUUGCUAAGCAAUUAACAAACCAAGUAACGAAACAAGAAAAUAAUUAAUUGUUAGAAAAACCAUGAAAGUGUAAACGCUAAUGGAUGUCAUGCAUUUUAAGAGCAUAGCAAAAGCUAAACUAUUAUAUUACCGACAAGAGACAACACAAAAUUCAUUAACUUACGUACGUAAGUAUGUUUGUAUGUGCUUACAUGCAUAAUAAAAUAUAUUAUUAAAAUUAUUAUGUAUUUCAAGCAAAG